AUGUCCCGCACUAUCAAGAAUGUGGCUAUUGCAGGGGCCAGUGGGAAUGUUGGAGCUCGGGUACUCGAUGCAUUGCUCGAGCUCAAGUUCAAUGUCACGGUGCUAAGCCGCAGUCCCAAACCCUUCCCGGCCGCUGCUCGCGUGCAAGUUGUUGACUACACCUCGGUGGAGUCAUUGUCUGCUGCUAUGGCCGGUCAAGACGCAGUCAUCGACACUACUUUCUCGCCCGAACUUGACACACCACUUCGACUGAUUGACGCGGCGGCCAAGGCUGGGGUCCAUCGCUUUAUCACCAGCGACUUUGGACUCGAUCCUGAAAUACCAGGUGUUCAUGAUAUGCCUGUUUUCGGACGGAAGAAGGCUUCUUACGAGGCUGUCAAAAAACAAGCGGCUGAUAACCGCUUGACGUACACCGUGGUGGCCUGCGGUGCUUUUCUUGACUGGGGUCUCUCCACUGGGUUUGUCGGUCUGAACUUCGAAGAAAAGACAGCUUUCCUCUUUGGUGAUGGCAACAAUGUUGUUCCAUGGACAACGCUAGAUGAUGUGGGCAAAGCAACUGCGAAUGUGCUUUUGCAUCCGCAAGAAACCCUGAACCGCCCAGUCUAUGUUCACUCUGUGUUCAUGUCGCAAACCCAACUCUUCGAUGCAGCAAAAGAGAUUUUGGGCAAUGAGGGGUGGACGGCCUCGUAUAACGAUAUGGAAGCUCUUUUGCAAAAGGCGCUGGCGGAUCUCAAGAGCGGCAACAUUACUGAUUCCACUUUUGUGGUGCAGAUCCAGUACUGCUUAGCAACCAAAGCGCUUGCACACCCCUGGGCACGAGAUGAUAAUUCCCUGGUGGGAUUGGAAGAAUGGAACGGGAAGAGGGUGAAAGAGCUGAUUCAGACGAUUGCCCAGAAAGCAGCGUGA